AUGGAUGCUUUUCAGGGGAUUUUAAAAUUCUUCCUCAACCAGAAAACUGUUAUUGGCUACAGCUUCAUGGCUCUGCUGACCGUGGGGAGCGAGCGUCUCUUUUCACUGGUGGCUUUUAAGUGUCCCUGCAGCACUGAGAAUGUGGUCUAUGGGCUGGUUUUCCUGUUUGCUCCUGCUUGGGUGUUACUGAUCCUGGGAUUCUUUCUGAACAGCAAGGCGAUGAGGCUCUUCACAGGCUGCUGUGUGAAUCCCAGGAAAAUCUUCCCCAAAGGUCACAGCUGCCACUUUUUCUAUGUCCUCGGUCAGAUCACUCUGAGUUCAUUGGUGGCUCCAAUGAUGUGGCUUUCUGUGGCUCUGCUAAAUGGGACUUUUUAUGAAUGUGCCAUGAGCGGGACCAAAAGUUCAAGACUCUUGGGACUGAUUUGCAAGGGCAAGCCCCAGGAAUGCUGGGAUGAACUUUACAAAGUGUCUUGUGGCAAAACCAGCAUGGCCCCCACGGACAACGAAGAACUGAAACUGUCCCUGCAAGCCCAGUCUCAGAUUCUAGGAUGGUGCCUGAUUUGUUCAGCGUCUUUCUUCUCUCUGCUCACCACUUGCUAUGCUCGCUGCCGAUCUAAAGUCAGCCACCUGCAGCUGAGUUUUUGGAAGACGUAUGCACAAAAAGAGAAGGAGCAGUUGGAGAAUACAUUCCUGGAGUAUGCCAACAAGCUGAGUGAGCGAAACCUGAAGUGCUUUUUUGAAAACAAGAGGCCGGAUGCCUUCCCCAUGCCCACCUUUGCAGCCUGGGAGGCUGCCUCAGAGCUGCAUUCUUUCCACCAAAGUCGGCAACACUACAGCACUCUGCAUAAGGUGGUGGAGGAUGGUCUGGAACAUAGCCCUGAGGACGAUGAGACCACACUGGUACUUGUGGGUACUGCCCACAGCGUGUAG